AGGAGGAGGAGAGAAGCGGAGGGAGGGAGCGAGCGAGCGAGAGAGAGAGAAAGUGAGAGGGAGAGCGGCGGCAGUAUGUGAAGCUGCAGCAGUCUGGAGAUAAAGCCGUUCUCUCUGCCUGCCGGUGUCUACGAGCGAACAGGGGCUGGAACAGAGGAGAGAAGCCAGCGAGGGAGGGAGGAACACAGGCUGCCUGCAGCUGCCGGGGCCCCCGGCUUCCCCUGGAAUUACAGGCCUCGAGACACACAUGCAUACAACACACACGCACACACAGACACACACACGCACACACAUAUUGUAGGAAGGCUCACACUCAGCUGAUCAAAUGAUCGCCCUUCCCUGCAGCCACACAGUGUCUUUCUGACACACACACACACACACUCGUACGCUCACACACAUGUCUGGGGAGUACCGUAUCAAUUGGAUCAAUUUAGCCAAGCCUGCCUGAUGGAACUGUGCUUUCCCUUCAACCGGAGCCAUCCUCUACUCUUCUCCUUCUCCUCCUUCUCCUCUUCCGACAAUCUCGUUUUUUAACCAUGGAGUGUGGUACAACAGAACCUACCCCCAGCCCCAGCCUCAGCCUUUUCCCGUGGUGUGCGUGAAUGUAGGCUGGUUCCAGUGAAGACAGCACGGGACGGAGAGAGACCCAGCCUUGCCCAGACCAGCCCAGCCUCCUGGCUAAUUAGAUUCCGCAGACCAGACCAGGCGGGAGGAAAAAAAGAGAGAAAAGAGGGCUUCUUGUCUGUCUGUCCGUCUGUGACACAACACACUCUGCCUGUGGAAUAUGCCGUGCCCUUGCCAACUGUGGAUACUGUCCUAGCUAGCGACGUGGCGCUACGCUGCAGAGAGGAGGCAAACACCAGUCUGAAAGACUGCAGAUUGCUACGAGGACUCUGGAUUUGGUGAUUGGACGGAAACGAUCAAAGCCGGUAUCCAGGGGAGAGGCACGUGAAAUUGGGCUGUCUGGGUUGGUGAGAGGGGGGUUCAUCCAACUCUGAAAUAACAGGAUCAUUACUGACAGUUCGAUGCUAGCAUUCAUGCUAUGCUACAUGUAGCAACCUGUAUGUGUCUGUAUGCGAGGCAUCAAGCCUCCUGUUAUCUCUGAUGCUACGAUGUAUUCACGCGACCACAGUUUCCUCUUAUGUGCUGCUCUGACUCAAGGUGGCUUGAAAGUUGAUCCAACGUCAAUCUUACGUUAUUCCAACAUCGGUUGACGGUCGUUUUCACGUUGACCCAGGAGGGGUUCCUCAUAUCUGAAGCCCCAGCGACUCCUCGGAGGAGAUGAGCCAGAACCCACGUGAGAACCUGCUCUGAACGUCACAGCACACUUCGACUCAACAGGCAGGAAGAAUCAUGUUCCUGAGAGAGAGAUUGUAAGGUGUACAGUUGGGGGCGGCAAUGACAUGUGCCUUGAUUGAGUUUGGAACAAGCUGAUGGUGGAUUGGCUGACUGCGCGUUAUCCUCCCGCCCACUGACAAUCUGGGUCCUAGCAUGCUGCCUUGGCAGAAUGAGACACCCGCGCUACUACAGAGGCUUCGACGCGACCGCGACCACAACCACUGCUGCUGCUCCCACCAGGGCUGCAGCUAAACCUGCUCCCUCUGCCAUAAGAUUCACACAGAGCAAGUACUAUCCAUACUCUAUGAACCUGGAUCGCUGAAGGGAAGUACGAGGGCCGUGUGGGCAACACUUGGAUUACAGCAGCGCACAGAGCAACAGGGUACACGGCAUCCAAAACAUCGUGGCUUGUGACUGAGCGCGUGCGCACGGCAGCUUUCCUCCUGUACGUGUGACUCACUCCAUGGAGCUUCACAGCCUGAGAACCAGGGGGAUGAGACGACCAGUGACUCCCAACAUCAUCAUCAACCCUAAUCAGCAUCAUCAGCAUUGUUUUGGUCCUUGCUGGGGCUCCAGGGGCGACGCACAGUGAGUGAGCGUGACCACUACUGAAUGGGCUGAAAAGGACGGGCACGUUCCCACUCAGUCUCUCCCUCUGGUCAACUUCCUGUCUUUCUGCUGUACUGCUAUUACUCCACCUGUCAAGGCCAAGAGGGACAUCAACCCCCCCCCCCCACCACACACACACACACAUCCCACCAGACCUGUACACAUCCAGACCUGGUUCUAUUUUUCUUCCCUGCUGUGCUGACAGAACGCUUGUCCUUGACGUGACUGGAGCACCUCUGGGACCCGCCUGUCCCUCUCCUCAGCGGAACAAGGGAGCGACUGAAGAGGCGGUGCACAGGUGGAGGAGGGGAGGGGGCUGCAGAGGGCGAGCGAGCGGGGCGGUCCACAGCAGUGCCUGAGCUGUGAAGCGAGGGGGGGAACGAACUGCUGCAGCGAGAGAGAGAGAGAGACAGAGACAGAGGGGGGGGAGACAGAGAGAAAGAAGGAGAGCUGGAGGAGGAUAGCCUGCAGACAGAGCUGUGACACGCAAGCCGGCGGCCGCAGUGGUCCUUUCACCCUCAGAGCGGACCUGUCUUACUGACCUCUCUGUGUCCCACUGCCUGUCUUCACCCUCAGAGCGGACCUGUCUCACUGACCUCUCUGUGUCCCACUGCCUGUCUUCACCCUCAGAGCGGACUUGUCUCACUGACCUCUCUGUGUCCCACUGCCUGUCUUCACCCACCGCCGUCAGCCUGCUGGAGAUAUUGACCGGCGCUAAGCCUAAUAGGACAGCGGCACACGCCAACACUAACUUGACUGGACAGCAGUCAGGUGUCAUAUAGGGUCUCUGUAUCUUCCGGAUCCCACUCUUGUGGUGAACUGCCAGUCCCUCGCUCCCAGGUCCUCUCUUUCCCUCCCGUGUUGUCCCCGUGUCGUCGUCCUUGACAUGGGGAGCUCUCUGGGGUGUGUGAGACCUCCCCGGGAGGCCGGCUCUGGCGCCGCUGCUCCCCUCUCCCCAAAAAGACGCCUCCGCUUCCGGCGGAAACGCAAAGGAAAGAGGCGCUCGAAGGGAGCGACGGAGGAAGAGCAGGAGGAGCGAGAGGGAAGCUGCAGGCUAGGAGAGGAGGAAGAGGAGGAGGAGGAGGAGAAUGAAGAGAGGGCUACUGUCACUGACACGGGGCUCUCGGCCUAUGACAGUACUAGUGACUCGGUAAACAAACUCACCAGCCACUCCUCAGUGCCUCUCUCCACAGCCAACCCCCCCAGCGCUCUGCUUACUGACUCUGUCAGUGCCAGCAUGGGGGGGUUGGGGGGCAGCCGGAUCUUGGAACUUUCCCCUGAGCCCAGCCCUACGUGGAGGGGGCGCUUCUACCAGCCUGAGGAGCAGGGAGGGGGCGGCACCAGCAGCCCUCUCGGAACCACCAUGUCCACCUCCAGCAGCCAGGGGGGGGCUCCCGGCCAGACACACAGCCCAGCCCCAGAUGAACUGCCCCUGGGAAGCACCACUCCAGGAGGGGGGAGAGUGUGCCGCGUCCGGGAGAAGGUCCAGGGAGUUCUGGAGAGACCCUGGAUCCUCCGGCCCAAGAAGGAGGAGAAACAAAGCGAGGAACCGGAGGAUGGAGGAGGAGGAGGACAUUUGGCCACAGACACGGCCACGAAAAGAGAGCACAAAGGGGUGGUCCAUAUCCGCGAGGCGGGGGGCAAGCUGUGUGUGGUGCGGACAGUCUACCCCAGUGACUAUGGCUCCCCCGUUUGGAGGGGGGGGAGUGACAGUGAGAUCGAAGUGCGUGCGGAACCACCCACCCCUUCCCCCGUGACGGGGAACAUCCUCAAAGUCCAGCUCAUUGAGGAGGACCAACGCAGAGCCAAAAUGGCUGACUCCAGGGGAGCCAAAAUGGAAGAUACUAGCACAGCCAAAAUGGCUGCUGCUGGACUCAGCAUAACCACCAAACUCACUCUGAAAAAGGAAACUGGAACAGUGAAGGAGUUCAGUGUGGACACACCAGGGCCAGUUCAAACACCAGAGGGCCCCUCCAUCCAGGAGUCGGGCUAUGCCAGCGACUUGCCACUCACUUCCCCCGAGGCAGGGGGCGCCACUCAGAGAGACUGGGCUGGGAUAACCAGCAGCUCUUUAGAGAGAUUGGACUCAAUGGGGGAUAGCCCUCUGUCUCCUUGGGUCAAACCGCUGCCUCAGGUCAGGGUCUGGGGGUCGCUCCAUCUCUCUCUGGCUCUGACCUCUGUUCAUCUCCUAUUCCUUCUUUCUAUAAAAACCUGCUCCUCUCUCUCCUUCUCCCACCUUCUUUCUCUUUCUGCCACCGUUUUCCGUCAGAUCCCACUUCCUCCCCUUCUUUCUCUGAUUUGGAAGGGUACUAAUGUACGAGCUGCUGCCGAGUGUGUCUGUGUGUGUGUGUGUGUGUGUGUGUGUGCGUGUGCGUGUGUGUGGGAGGCUUUUAUGAAUGUUUCAACUGGUGUGUUUCUAGUCUUUAGGUGCAUGGAUGUCUGUGUGUGUUAGCUGGUGUGUGGGUGUGUUUAUAUGUUUGGAACCCUUUAUGAAUGUGUGUCUUUGUCUCGGGUGUGUAUAUUGCGCCUUUGGUCGUUGGCAAUAAUUCCACCAUUUCUGUGUGUGUGUGUGUGUCCUGUUUGACUUUAUCAGCCCUGCAGAAGGCUCUUUACUUCUUUCCAUCCUUCCUGACAUGGUCCCAGGAGCCUAAUCAACAGAGCCCAGACCAUCUCGCUCUUUCCCCCUCCCUCCCACCUUCUUCCCCAUUACGCGUUAUAUCCCGCAGGCCAUCCAAUCUCUCCCCUAGUCUCUCUUUGCACCGUCUAUGUAAACGGUGUGAGUGUUUGUGUAGAGUACUCUAUGCCCAGUAUGGGGCUGCCUGCCUGCCGGCUCUCCAGUGAUUUCCGUAACAGUAGCGGUCGAAAUAGGUGGAGGUUAUUUGUAGGGAAAGCGGGCAGAAAGCUGGGAGAAAACGGAGGGACUGAAUGGGCUCGUUACCGCUCUACAGCAGUCUGCUGUUCAUCACUAGGACCUUUUAGACUGUAGUAGUUUAAGCCCAAACCUAUCAUUAGACACAUGCGCCAUAAAUCCUGGCUGUGCAGGAGACACACUUACUGAGAGAGAGUGUGUCGGUGCGUGCCAGUCACACAGAGAGGGAUCUGAGCUUGUCUUUGGGUAUUUACAUUCUAGAG